CAACAAAAUGGCAUAUCCUACAGACUUAAUGCAAUGCUGAAAUCACACCGCGCUUUGGAAAAGGUAUCUACUGCCUCCGUGUGGUUGAUAAAAACAGUUGGUUUACACUGUGCCAGCUGUUGCACUCAAAACUGGAGCCACAGACCCUCAGCACCCUGAGACGCAUUGGAUGGAUCUGAUGAGCCAUCGCCAUUAUUGACCGGAAUGCAGAAGUAAUCAGUUAACCUGACUACAUCAAGCAAUAAAUUUUAAGAACUGAUAAUUGUGUACUGUGUGGACAAUAGAGGCUGACACGGGAAUGGAUGUUCUGCUCACUCCCACUCCCUCCCAAGACUUGAUGCAAAAAACAAACAAACAAUUAAACAAAACAAACCUGCAUGUCCCCUUUGGGCCUCGAGUUUUUGAAGAAAAAAAAUUCCAUAAAUUCCCCUAUGUAAAGAAAAAAAAAACCAUGACGCAGAUAUUGAUUGAAAAUUAUUUCAAUGUUACCUCUACCCUUCUUUAAAAAAAUAUUCUGCUUCGUAUUUCUUCCCCAGUACAAACUGCUCUGCCCCAAGUGUUUAAUAUGUUAAGAAGAUUGAUUUUAUUCCAAAAGAUCUGUUUGUGUUGUUAAUUUUGAGAGUGCAUUGCUGAGCUUUUAUUUUGAAACUGUAGAAUACAGGAAGUAGGAAGCGCUGAGCAAAACCGUAAAAAAAGCAUGUCAACAGUUGAAAUAUGUAGCACGUUGAAAUCAGCUUAUUCCUGUGCAUGAAUCCGUCAGAAAGCAAUGGCUUUUCACUCCAUUUUCAUUGUGUCACCCGACUUGACCUGUUAAGAAGUCAUUAAAGGAGCAAGCACGCUCACUUCCUGGCUUUUGAAAAGGAGUUUGGCUGGCUGUUUAUUCAUGUUAGCACUUUGGAAGUUAAACACAUGAAGAGAACAGUACAGUGAAAAGCCAGUGAAUCGGAAGGAUUCGUCUGCCACAGUUAUGGAAGCACAAGCAAUAGAAAGGGAGGAGAAAGCGGCAUCAGUGUUCAGCUCCAACUCCAAAGCUACUUCCAAGUCUUCAGUAGUUAGUGCUGCUGCUAGAGCUAGAGCUAAAUCCGAAGCUGCACGCACCAGAGCCACAUUCACUCAGAAGGAGUUAGAACUGAAAAGACAGAGAGGUAGAUUGGAUUUGGAAAAGGCUACACUAGAAGCGGAUUUAGAAGCUCUAGGACUGGAAAAGGCAGCUGCUGCUGCUAUUGUAGAGGCUGAAGUUUUAGAAGCUGCAGCAGGACCAGAAUAUGAGGAUAGGUGCAGCGCCAGGAGUCGCAUCUCAUCGCAGAUAACAUCUCAGCGUACGAAGGCAUAUGUGGAACAUCAGGCUCGAGCCAGCUUUGAAACUGCAUCGUCUGUGGAUAUAACUCCUCAUUGUUUUAAAGAAGCGUCCCCCACCAAGACAGCAGGAAUUAACUCCUGCACACAACUGUGAUGGCACGCCUACAAGGAACACACAGCAAAGUGAGUACUUAUCAGCACCUCAGCCUCAGACAAGACUGUUUAAGCGCUCCAACCCGCACUCUCAGCCUCUCAGCUCGCAACCUCAGAACCCCAGUCCUCCUUCAAAACCUAUAGGAGCAGAGCUCUCCCUUAUUCAGUCAUGCUAGCCAAUCAAACCACUUCAUACAGAGCAACCCACAGCAUUCUUCUUCUGCUCCAGCCGCUAACAUGAUAGACUUCGCUAGGUACCUCGCCCGCAGAGAGUUGGUAACCACGGGGCUCACUAAAUUCGAUGACCAGCCUGAGAGCUACAGAGCAUGGGAGUCCUCUUUCCUUAACGCCAUACAGGGCUUAGAGUUAACAGCCAGUGAAGAGCUGGACCUCCUGGUAAAAUGGCUGGGAAAGGAGUCAUCUGAACAUGUUAAAAGAAUACGUGCUGUCCACAUCACCAAUCCUCACGCUGCUCUCGAAUUAGCCUGGACAAGACUCCAAGAAUGCUAUGCUACCCCUGAAGUGAUUGAGAAUGCUUUAUUCAAACGAUUGGACAAUUUUCCUCGGCUAACCUCCAAAAAUAACAUCAAGCUAAGAGAACUUAGCGAUCUGCUCUUGGAACUAUUCUCAGCCAAGCAGGAUGGCUAUCUACCAGGACUGAGCUCCCUGGACACUCCUCGAGGGAUUAAGCCAACCGUGGAAAAGCUGCCACCAAACUUACAGGAAAAAUGGCUGUAUGCUGGCUCAAACUACAAAGAACGGUACAGAGUGUGUUUCCCUCCUUUCUCGUUUUUUGUUGACUUUGUCAGAUGUCAGGCAAAGGCCAGAAAUGACCCCAGCUUUGUGUUGGUGAGCAGUAACCGCAGCCAUUACCAUUGUGAAAUAUCCACAACCAAGCAUGAUAGUGCUAGGACAGCUGUGUUUGUGCAUAGAACAGAUGUCAACAACAGAUUCAAGCUUGUUACACAAAACAUGACAAGAAAGGUAGUGAUGACCCAACCAAGUACUGUCCAGUGCACAAUAAGCCACAUCCUCUGGAAAAAUGUAGAGCUUUUAGAAUGAAGCAGCUAAUGGAACGCAAAAGGCUGCUAAAAGAAUACAGACGUUGUUUCAAGUGCUAUUCUGGUACUCAUGUGGCUAGAGAAUGUCCAGCAGAGCUGAAAUGCAAUGAAUGUGAAAGCAAUCAACAUUGCACUGUCAUGCACCCAGACACUGCUGUCUCCCCUGCACCAUCUCCUCCGACAGAAUCAGACGUGGAACAGCAAAACAGCUCCCCGUCAGAAGUGACCUCCAGGUGCACCAAGGUCUGCGGCGAAGGUCUCCCACCAAGGUCCUGCGCCAAGAUACGUUUAGUCUGGGUUUUUCCCCAAGGACAGCGAGAACGCUCAAUCAAGAUGUAUGCCAUCCUCGACGACCAGAGCAAUCGAUCACUGGCCAGGUCUGAGUUUUUUAAGCUGUUUGACAUCCAAGGGGACCAUACACCUUACCCGAUGAGGACCUGUGCUGGAACCACGGAAAUGACUGUGAGAAAGGCUGUUGGUUUUCAGAUCGAAGCAUUGAAUGGUGAAGUGUGUUUGGACUUGCCUCCGCUCAUUGAAUGUAAUGAAGUUACGAGCAACAGAUCGGAAAUCCCUUCUCCAGAGAUCGCUCACUCCCAUGCUCACUUGAGAUCCAUGGCACCUCACAUCCCAAAGAUCGAUCCUAAAGCACAGAUCUUAAUCCUACUGGGGAGAGACCUCAUACAAGUUCACAAGGUGAGAGAUCAAAUCAAUGGACCUCACAACGCUCCCUUUGCCCAGCGUUUGGAUUUAGGAUGGGUUAUAGUAGGGGAGGUUUGCAUCGAUAGUACAUACAAGUCCACUGUAUCAGUCCUUAAAACCCAUGUCCUACAGAAUGGACGCCCAUCUUUUCUGAUGCCCUGCCAGAAUCACAUCAGUGUGAGAGAAAGAGUAGGCUACAGCGCGGAGCACAGACAGUCUACCUCCGCACAGCUGACAACAUAUCCUGCAUCUGGUGUUACUGCAAAAGAUAAACUCGGACAAGAUGUGUUCGUGACAACGGAAGAUGAUAAGCCUUGUCCUUCGAAGAUGAGACCUUUCUGGAGAUCAUGCAAGCAGAGUUCAAGAGAGAUGAGCAAAACAGUUAGAUCGCUCCUCUACCAUUCAGAACACCCAGACAACGCCUUCCAAACAACCGUGCUCAAGCUCUCUCCCGUCUUCAUUCAUUGCAACGCACAUUGAACAAAAAUCCUACAAUGAAAGAACAGUUUAUCAAGUGGGAGACAUGGAAGAAAUCACUACAGGAUCUGAGCAGCCUCCAUCUUCCUCGCUCAUAUCUGCAUCAGUCCCUCUCCAGUGCUGCAUCAACUGAGCUGUGCUUGUUCUCUGAUGCUUCCAAUUGGGCCAUAGGAGCAGUAGCGUACUUGAGGGUCGUUAGUACAGACGGACAAUGUGAAGUCGGCUUUGUGCUUGGGAAAGCGAAACUAGCCCCUCAGUCAGGGCCCACUAUUCCACGCCACGAACUCUCUGGAGCUGUGUUGGCCGUUGAGAUGGGUGAGCUGAUACUCGACGAGCUUGACCACAAACCGGAUGCUGUCAGGUUUUACUGUGACAGUAAAGUUGUCCUUGGAUAUAUCUACAACGAGUCCAAGCGAUUCUUCGUGUACGUGCACAAUGGUGUUCAGCGUAUACGACAGACAACUUCUCCACAACAGUGGUACUACGUGCCUACAAAUCAGAAUCCAGCUGAUUUAGCCACCAGAUCUGUACCUGCGUCACGGCUCACAGACACUGUGGUUUACAGGGCCAGAAUUUCUUCACAAACCACACCAACCAGAAACACCCAGAUCCUUUGAGCUGGUUGAUCCUGAGCAAGACGUGGAUGUGAGGCCUCAGCUGACCACUCUUGCUACUUCGCUCAGAGAAAGUGAACUCCCCUCAGAACGAUUCCAACGGUUCUCGACCUGGGAGUCCUUGCUGAGAGCAGUUUCCUUCUUGAUCCAUCAGAUUCGCUCACACAGGACAAACUCAACAGUUACAUGUAAAGGAUGGCAUCAGUGCAACCGACCUCGCACUCCAGAAGAGUUAGAAGCGGCAAAGAUCGUCAUAAUCAAAGCUGCCCAGAGAGAUGCUUAUCCAGAAGAGUGUGUCGCACUACUAGAGAACAGGGCCAUACCAAAAUCCAGCACGAUUCUGAAUCUCGACCCUUUCGUGUGUGAUGGUCUCCUGCGAAUAGGAGGACGUCUGAGACAUGCUUCAGUCAAUCCUGAGGUCAAAAACAAAGUCACGUCACAAGAUUGCUUGUGAGUCAUCACCAUGCGAAGGUGAAACACCAAGGACGGCAGUUCACAGAGGGAGCAAUCAGGGCUGCUGGUCUGUGGAUUGUUGCUGGCAAAAGAUUAAUAGGCUCAGUUCUUCAUCGCUGUCACAUGCUGCAAGCUCAGAGGAAAACUUGAGACACAAAACAUAGCUGACCUCCCUUCAGAAUGUCUGAGCUCAUCUCCACCAUUCACGUAUGUAGGGUUAGAUGUUUUUGGACCCUGGAAUGUGAUCAGUCAACGCACAAGAGGCGGAAUGGCUCAAAGUAAGCAAUGGGCUAUACUUUUUACAUGUAUGAGCACCAGGGCUGUACAUGUGGAAGUUAUAGAGUCCAUGGAUACUGCCAGUUGUAUCAAUGCCCUGCGAAGGUUCUUCGCCUUAAGAGGGCCAGCUAAGCAGCUGAGAUCGGACAGAGGCACGAACUUUGUGGGAGCCAGCUCUGAGCUGUGUAUGGAACAAGCUGAUCCAGGUCAAGCCUCCACUCUUAAGUUCCUCCACGAGAAUGGUUGUACCUGGGAAUUCAAUCCCCCACACGCAUCCCACAUGGGAGGAGUCUGGGAGCGCAUGAUCGGCAUAACACGAUGAAUUCUUGACUCCAUGUUGCUGCAAACCAGACAUACUGAAAGGAGUGUUAAUUAGUGAUGCUUGCCAUAACCGUCGAAUACCCGAAUGUAUUGUGCAACCAUGGUUAUAUAAAUUGUUUUUCACUCACCUGUUUUUAUAUCUCACUUGUUUUUCUGGUCAAGACGUCUUGACCGUUUAUCUCACUUGUUUUUCUGGUCAAGACGUCUUGACCGUUUCACUCUCACUUGUUUUUCGCAUACUAUCUUGUUCACAUGCAUACAAAAGACGAACAUUGUUGUGGGAUAUCUUGACUGUUAUGUUUCUCAGAGCCUGAAGGACACACUUAGGUGUCAAUAGUAAAUUGGCUACAAUUGUUGCGGCGCCAGGUGGGACGGGUAGGCCACCCGCCCUUUCUCUCGCACGCAACUGAAAAGUAUAAUAGAGAGAUGCAGAGUACAAACAGGUAGUCUGCUGCGGGUUUAGUACGGACGCCCAGCUGGUUGACAAAGCGGACCUCUACCUGGGUGACUGGCUCUCCACCUUCUCGGCAUAGGUAAGGGCUCAUAUGAUUGAUUUCACACAAUGUCAACUGUGUUUUGAGAACUUGCAUUUGGUCGAAAUAAAUA